GCCCAGGAGAGGGUGUCACCUGCUCCCGACGACUUGUUGAUUCCCGGGAGGGCCGCCUUCCCGGGUCUGGUUCCCCCCGCCCGCCCCCCCUCCGAGACCAGAGCCCGAGCUCGCGCACCUGUUCCCCGCGGCGCGGCCCCGGGGAGACCCUCCUUCCGGCCCGCUGGCCCCCCAACUCCAGAGCCAUGAGCAAGUUGGGCAAGUUCUUUAAAGGGGGAGGCUCUUCCAAGAGCCGAACGGCUCCCAGCCCCCAGGAAGCCCUGGCCCGACUUCGGGAGACAGAGGAGAUGCUGGGCAAGAAGCAAGAGUACCUGGAAAAUCGGAUCCAGAGGGAGCUCAGCCUGGCCAAGAAGCACGGCACGCGGAACAAGCGAGCUGCGUUGCAGGCACUAAAGAGAAAGAAGAGGUAUGAGAAGCAGCUAACUCAGAUUGAUGGCACCCUUUCCACCAUCGAGUUCCAGAGAGAAGCCUUGGAAAACUCACACACCAACACCGAGGUGUUAAGGAACAUGGGCCUUGCAGCGAAAGCAAUGAAAGCGGUUCAUGAAAACAUGGACGUAAAUAAAAUUGACGAUUUGAUGCAAGAGAUCACAGAGCAGCAGGAUAUUGCCCAGGAAAUCUCAGAAGCAUUUUCUCAACGGGUUGGAUUUGGUGAUGACUUUGAUGAGGAUGAGCUGAUGGCAGAGCUUGAAGAACUGGAGCAGGAAGAAUUAAAUAAGAAGAUGACAAAUAUCCGACUUCCAAGUGUGCCUUCGUCCUCCCUCCCCGCACAGCCAGACAGGGUGCCGGGUCGGAUGCCGAGCGUGCCCUCCUCUGCACAUCGAGCCCGAGCAGCAUCUUCCAGGAGGGCAGAAGAAGAGGACGAUGAUAUCAAACAACUGGCAGCUUGGGCUACUUAAAUCAAAACGGAAUUUUUUGACUCCUAAAUUAAUGAGCUGUACAUAAGACAUAAAAAUAUCUUUUUGCCAAAAUCAGAAAUUAACAGAGAUUCUGUUUUAUAUUUAUACUGGAUGAAUAAUUGUCUUUUAAGCCUUGUAAGUAAAGGUUUAAAAAAGCAGUUGUGUAUACAUAUAGGAGUAGGGAUGGAAAGGGACUUCUUAGUUGCUUUUGAGAAGAUCUCUCCAUACUGACGGGAGGGGGGCGUUCUACCUUGUUUGUUACUGUGUUUCCAGUCCUGGUACAUAGUUGAUACCCUCUAUAUAUUUGUUGACAGAAAACUGAAUUCUAUUAACAUAUGAAACAUACAACAGUUUAUAAGCCGUCUAAGAGUGAUGUGUUUAGGAUAGCUGGGGAAAAUGACUUCCUUUCCUAUGCAAAUGCAAGUUUGCCGUGUGAAUCCAUGUUACAAGAUAACGUAGCUCAUGGUGAAUAAAAAAGAAAUGUGCCUCUUGUAGGAGAGACUUCCUGUAGGGGAGUCUGGUGUGAGUCUUUACAUAAAGAUUUUCACUUUUGAGUUUUGCAGUUUAAAAUCUUAAAGGAGUUUUAAUUGGCGUUUAUUAUGCCAAUUAAGCUUGGAAUGGGGCAAUGGAUGAAUUUCCCAAAAUAUCUGAAAGCACUAACAGCUUACACUGCUGAGCGAGGAUCUCCUGGGUGUAAUUUAGCCAUUUAGGGAGCUGCGUUAACAUCCCCAGGCCAUUAUGAUGCUGUUCCGGCUUCAGCGUGCUAAAUGUGUGGAUGUUCAUUCUUUUCUGUUUUGUGCUCUCUUGUACAUUUAUUUACACUUUACAUCAUUUUUCUUGUGAAUACAUACAAAUAUAGGCAAUUAAAAGUAUAUCUGGAAUCAAAUUUUGGUCAUAAUGAUUUUUAAAUGAGAGUAAAUUACAAAAUUGUGUAUUGCCCAUAAUGUGUCAUGGACCAGAAAAUGACAAAUGCCAUUAUAUAAAGUGAUCUCAUAUUCCCAACAUUUGCUUAAUGACAUAGAGAAAUGGAAAGUACACUAAACCUGGAGGUAGGAGUCCUGGAUUCCAUCGCCUGCAAUGCCACUAACACUGUGACCAGGCAAGUCAUAAACUCCCAGCCUCUGUUUCUUCACUGGGAAAUCUAAGGAUUGGACUUGAUGAUGUCUAAUGGUCCCAUCCUACCCCAGGCCUUUUGUAUAUGCUGUUCUUCUUAGCAGACUUCCCAGCCUCUAACACAGACACCAAAUCUUAUUUAUUCCUUAAAUCUUAAGAUGUCUUUUGUUUUGAGAAACUUCUGAUUGCAGACCGUGUCUCCCUGUUGUGUGCUUUCUUGUUAGUCUGCUCUCCCCUAUCACCUACCAUAGUUUCUGUUGCAUAUUUACUUGAACAAUCACUUAACUAUUAUUGUUCUUCCCUGCUGGCCUGUGCUAACUUGGACUGUGCCUCUUCCAGUUCAAUUCCACCGUGGAUCUCUGCACAGUCCCUCAUAUACAGUUGGCAUCUAAUAAAGAUUAAAUGAAUGACUUAACAGGACCUGGGUUUAUCUUUCACCUUCAAUCAAUUAGAAGAUCAGACAAAAUAUAUGAAGCAACAGUUUAUAGAUGUUGGACAAAGGGCAGCGCUAGACUGAGAUUCCUGAGAGGCAAACAAAUGAAAUGAAUACUUCCAGGGCCCGGCUCACUGCCUUCACAGGGAAGAGGGACCCAAACAGAGCCUGCUGGCCUUGCCAAGUGGAGGAAUUCUGGGGGGAGGGGGGGAGAUUCCCGGAAAGGAGGUUGCUGCGGAGAGAAAGUGAGAGAGAGAGAGCAUUCUGGAAACGUGCAGAGGGAUCCCUUCAAGUCCUUGGCUGAGAACUGAUCUGUGUACGUGUAUGAGGAACCUACUGAGGACAGGAAGAACCACCGGAAAGGAGCGGGCGGAUCCAUCCCCAGGGCUCACACAGGCUGGGAGUAGUUUGCGUUCACCCUGGCCAUAGUGGGGAACCUUCUAAUGCAGGGGCAUCAGAUUGAGUCCUCAGAAGGGUCCUGCCUCAGGAGUGAGGUCAUAUUACGCCUAGACUAAAGGCUGUUCUGGGCUCAUCCUAAAAAGCUUAAAUGUAACCUUCAAAGGGUUGAAAUGAAUCCAAGUAACUUAACUGCAUCUCAGAAGAAAACCACCCCAAUACUUAAAAGAAAAUAAAAGCUAGUAAGUAGCAACAAACAAAGCAACUAAAAUAAAACUGGUACCCAACAGCAUCAAAUUCAUAAAGUCGGGGCAUCCAAUCAAAAAACUUCAGGUGUGCAAAGAAGCAGGAAAAAACAACCCCAAGCCAGGAGAAAACUCAAACAGUGGGAAAUGACAGAAUCAGAAAUGACAUAAAUGGUGGAAUUUGAAGGCAAAGGAUAUUAAAACAGCUAUUAUAAGUGUAUUUUCUAUGUUCGUUAAAAAUGCUAUAGUGAAUAUACUCCAUAUGCUUGAGAAAGAAGAGAAAAGUAUGAUCACAAUGGAAGGAGACAUGGCAGAUAUUUUUAAAAGAAUUGAAAUUCUAGAGAUGAUAACUACAUUAUCUGAAAUGAAAAAUACAGAAUAUGGUGGAUGGGAUUAACAUCAGAUUAGACACUGCAGAAGAAAAGGUUAGUGAAUUUAAAGACACAGCAACAGAAAUUAUUCUAAAUAAAAUACUGAAAAGAAAAAAAAGACUGGAAAAAAUAAAGUAAGAGUAAGCUGUGAGACCAUAUUUAACUGCCUAACAUGCAGGUAAUUGGAGUCCUGGAAUUGUGGUGGGCUGAGUGGACGGUUUUUGAGCAUGAGGGUGGGGGAGGGAUGAAAUAAAAAAAAUAUGUAUCUUUGUAGAAAUAAUGGCUGAGAAAUUUCCCAGUUUGGUGAACUCUAUAAACCGUACAGUUUAGUGAAGCUUAACACACCUCAAGGAGAAAUUCCUGUCUUUCAAUAAUGAAAGUUAUUGUGGAAUGUUAAAACAUCAUGACUGAGACCUGAGACAUGUUUGAGCAUCUCUGCUCACCUACUUAAACACAGUUCUGCUAGGCCUGUGAGGUCCAAACAGCAUCCCUGAGCACCUGAAAUGUGGACAGUGCAGUUGAGGGACUGAAUUUUUGAUUUCAUUUAGUUUUAAUUAGCUUCUAAACUAAUUCUCAAUUCAGUUAUUAAAAAAACUUUAAGCAUGCUUGGAAAAACUUGAGUACAUACUUUAUUCUUUUUUUUUGAACACUUUUUUAUUGGGUUAUAGUUAUUUUAAAGUGUUGUAUCAAAUUCCAGUGUAGAGCACAAUUUUUCAGUUAUACAUGAAGAUACAUAUAUUCACUGUCACAUUUUUUUUUCGCUAUGAGCUACCACAGGAUCUUGUAUAUAUUUUCCUGUGCUAUACAGUAUAAUCUUGUUUAUCUAUUCUACAUUUUGAAAUCCCAGUCUGUCCCUUCUCACUCCCCACCCCCUUGACAACCACAAGUUUGUAUUCUAUAUCUAUGAGUCUGUUUCUGUUUUGUAUUUAUGUUUUGUUUAGAUUCCACAUAUGAAUGAUCUCUUAUGGCAUUUUUCUUUCUCUUUCUGAGUACACAGUUUUUUCAACUGUAAAAUUUGUAAAAUCUAUACACAGAACAAGUAUUGCUGAUUGAAAUUUGCAUCUGAAUUCAGGUGUGCUUUAAGUGUAAAAUAUAUGUUGGAUUUCAAAGACUUAGUAUAAAAAGAAUGUAGAAUAUCUCCUUAAUACUUUUAUAUUGAUUUCAUAUUGACAUAUUAUUUUGGAUAUAUUGGGUUAAGUAAAAUUUAUUAUUGAAAUUUAUUUCACGUAUUUCUUUUUACCUUUUUUGAAUGUGGCUUCUUGGAAACUGAAAAGUUACAUAUGUGGCUCAAUUAUAUUUCUGUUGGUUAGCCUUGGACAAGGUCAACUCCUCUUUAUCAGUGAGGGCACCAGUAAUAUAUGAUUUGAAGUACUAAAAUGCAAAGGGUUAAAAACAAAAGAAAUAUAGCAAAAGGUGACAUCUUACUCUGAAAAUAAAAUACUCUGAAAUAAAAUCAUGUUGCACCUCUGUUCACAGUAGAGAAGGAGUGAAAGACAGACAUAGAAAACAAUCUUAUGGUUACCAGGGGGUAAGGUGGGAGAGAGGGAUACAUUGGGAGUUUGGGAUUAGCAGAUGAAAACUACUAUGUACAGAAGAGAUAAACAACAAAGUCCUAGGGAACUAUAUUCAACGGCGUGUCCUAACCUGUAAUGAAAAAGAAUAUGAAAAAGAUUAUAUGUACAUAUAUACUGAAUCACUAUGCUAUAUACCAGAAACUAAUACAACAUUGUAAAUCAACUAUACUUCCAUUUUUAAAAAUGGGGGGAAAAGGAUUGAAAGAAAUGAGGAAAAAGGUGUAAAAGUAAAUCAUCCUUAUACUGAAAAGGUAUUAAAAAGAAUAAAGGUAUUAAUCAGACAUCUAAAGGUGUUUCCAGCAAGCCAUCCUUAGAAUGGAAGAACCUUUGUUUGGAAGUUAUAAAUUAUGGAAUGUUUGUUAAAAAUUGGUCUCACUACAUUACAGGGGUAUCUGAGGGGUGGAUCUCCAUUUGGGUCAGGGUUGGAGAGCUAGUAUUUUGUGUUUUGUAUUUUUAAAUAAAAUGUUUUCUAAUAUA